UUCCUUGGGAACUCUGCUCCCAGCACAGCUCAGCUCUGGGGACCAGGAAGUGGUUAGCUGAAGGGGACAGUAUUCUUUCAGGCUGUUUUGCUGAGCCUGCCUGUCUUCAUUGCGUGCAGUCUCUGGUUCCUGGCUUUCAGAUGGCCUUCUGGCAGGAGAAGUGUGAGGGCCCCCAACCAUGUCUUAUCCAUCGCCUGGAUCACCUGGUGCUGACUGUGAAGAGCAUUGAGGACACCGUAGGCUUUUAUUCCAAAGUCUUGGGUAUGGAAGUAGUCACUUUCAAGGGCAACCGGAAAGCGCUACGUUUCGGGAACCAAAAGUUUAACCUCCACGAGGCUGGGAAGGAGUUUGAACCCAAGGCUCGCAGACCAGUUCCUGGUUCCAUAGACGUCUGCUUGAUCACAGACACCUCGCUAGACCAGCUAGUGGGACACCUGAAGGCCUGUGGUGUGACUAUUGAAGAAGGCCCAGUGCCCAGAACCGGUGCCAUUGGUCCAAUCACAUCCAUCUACUUCCGAGACCCCGAUGAAAACCUGAUUGAGGUUUCCAACUACAGCACUGAUUUGGCUGUCGACAGAGUGAAGCAUUAGCCACAAUCCUCUUUCCACCACCCCCUAAUCUUCUCAACACUAGAGGCAAACAAAGGGAGGCUGUGAUUUUUCUUCAUUUGCAAUGCAUUGUAGGAUGGGGUUUGGGUGUUGCAAACUCAGAACACAUCAGUUUGUGUCCAUGUCCAUUCUGCCAGGCUCCUGAUAUAGCGGGACAUAUCAGGCCUCAUCCUCAAAGGAAACCUGCACAACAGAUUCAAAAGAUGGGCUGGGAGCUUAAAUUCAUAAGUCUGCUAGACACUAAAAAUCAGGGGCUGAACAGAGACACUGGAUUUAUGGCUUAUUACAACAAUCUGCUACCCACUAACUCUCCCCUCCCCCAACCCGCUUUUUGUCCUAUGACUGCAGAGGUGCUAACUCUACCUUGAAAGGUCCCGUGUAAUAUAUGCUAUCUACUUAUGCUAAACAAUCUGUUCCACCGUUCAUUUUGCUGUGACUCCGGGAGUACCUUUCCCAGCCCUGAAGAAGAGCUCUUGGUGGCUCGGCAGCCUCUCUCCCACCAAUAGAAGUUUUCCUAGCUGGGCAGCUGGAGAGUGGUGGCUGCUGGCCGGGAGCCCAGCUCUGAAAGCAGAGCUGCCACCAGCAGCAACACAGAAGUAAGGAUGGCAUGGUAUCAUAUUGCCACCCAUACUUCUGCCUGCAGAGCAGGCCCCUCAGUCAGCCACUCUCCAGCUGCCCAGCUCUGAAGGCAGCAGCGCCGGGGGAUGACAUGGUAUGGUAUUGCCACCCCUACUUCUGCACAACUGCUGGCGGGACACCAUCUUCAGAACUGGGCACCUGGCCAACAGGAGCCGCUCUCCAGCCACCCGGCUCUGAAGGCAGUGCAGAAGUAAGGGUGGCAAUACCCUGACUCCCCCUCCCCCACCCCCAAAUAACUUUGUAACUCCCCUGCAAUUCCCUUUUGGCUCAGGACCCCAAUUUGAGAAAUGCUGGUCUCCCCUGUGAAAUCUGUACAGUGUAGGGUAAAAGCGCAUAAAAGACCAGAUUUCACCGAGGAGAGCGGAUUCCAUGGUCUGUGAUACAGUUUUCAUGACCAUGAAUUUAGUAGGGCCCUAAUAAUAAGGGCAAGUGUGUAGGAAAAUCAAGUAUGAAUCAACCACUAGAUGGCAGCAUUGCUUAAUGUGAUCUCUGAAAGUGACAGUAGCUGCUGAGAUUGCUGGAGACCAGAACCAACCCAUCAAAGGAAAUUAUAUAGGGCCAGAUCCUCUACUGGUGUAAUUUGGUGUAGCUCCAAAGCAAGAUCUGGCCCAUUAACUGGUCUGCAUGGCUCAGGAUAUGGGCUGGAUGGACCCAGGAUAUGGAGCUUUUCAGCGUGGUCACUUGUUCACUUCAUCACAUUAUUGAAUGCUGCUUGGUGUAUAUCAAAUGCUUUGGUGGAUCUCCGAUCUGUUCCCUGCAGAUGGGAGAGACUGCACAGAAAGUGUCCCUGAGACUGCAAACGCUUGCUUCCUGCUGCUCAAAUCCCCGCAAGGCAACAGAAUCCCUGCCCGGAGGAGAUUGCAGUGGCACAUGGCAGUACAGAGAUUGCAUGCCAGAUAGCCCAGGUGGGGAGACCAGGUUUCAAGGGCUAAGUAAGUGGCUGAGUUGAUUGAUAUGUAGAGGCAUAAAGGAGAAGGGGGAGGGGAAGGGUAGGUGAAGAAUGGAAAGGAGGCUGUUUGCUCUAAGCAGAGCAGGCUCUAUUUAAAAUAAAAAGGUGUGGCAUUGAUAGCAGGGAAAGGAAGACCUGAGGAUUGGGAAGAGCACAGAGAAUGAAAGCAGGUGUUGGGGGGGGGGGGGGGGGGGAGGGGGAUAUAAAAAAGGUCUCCAAGGACUGGCCAUGCCUGGAUUCUCUUGCUGCCUGGGAGUGAGACACUGGUAGAAAGUGCUCAGAUCUCCCUGGUAGGAUAAGAGCAGGGGUCUCGAACAACUGUGUGCUUUGUGACAGCCACUGCCACAUGCAAAAUCUGAGCCCCCAAGGCAAGAUUUCAGGUUCAGAGGGAAUCGUCAGCCUUGUCUAGCUGAACGGAAACUGCUAAAAUUCUCAUUUCAGCCCACCAAAAACAAUUAUGCCCAACUUGGCCUGUUCAUUAAUCUCUGCACGAGACAGGCUUAGGGCUGGGAUAGCAGCAAGUGCCCUAGGCCAGGACCGAGGUGCAUGGCAGCUUUGGGAGGGCAGCACUUCAAUGGUCAGGAUGGAGGUGCACUGGCAGAGCUGUGUGGGUGGAGCCUAGGGCUGGCAGAGCAGAGGGCGCUGCAGAUUACAGCUGUGUGGGAAGCUUGCAUGUCCCCUCGCCAACCUCUGCCUGACUCUAGCCAGCACUAAUGGUCCUUUUGUAUGAGCAUUAACUUCAGAGAUAAGGUGAGCGAAGAAAUACCUUUUAUUGGACACUGCUUCUGUUGGUGAAAGACACAAGCUUUCGAGCUCCACAGCGCUCUUCUGCCUGCCUGGGAAAGGUAAUCAGAGGGCAUGUCUACAUUACAAAGUUAAGUCGAUGUAAGGGAGCUUACCUUGACCUAACUACGUAAGCAGUGCAUACACAUUACGGUUUUCCUCCUGCCACUGCAACUUGCCCACUAGGCCGACCUAGUAAAACCACCUCAGCGAGAGGCAUAAGGCUUAGGUGGACGUAGCUCAGACAGCGGUAGCUGUCAAUUUCACCUCUGGUAGGGUCUCUGUUUUGAAAGAGGGGGGGGGGCAUUCCAGCUGUGAGCCCCAGCAGUGCAGACAGCUGGAAAACCCAGGCUGAGGGCUCCCCACAGAGCUCCCAGUGGGAGCCCAGCUGCUAAAUACACAAAUGUGUCACAGCUAAAUACAACAUUAAGCAUAAGGAGUUACCACAUGUUGCAAGAGACCAUUCAAAAUGAAGUGAGCAGUUAGCACCUCUGCAGUCAUAGGACAAGGAGAGUUAGUGGGUCACCAAUUGUUGUAAUGCGAGAUAUGUGUCUCUAUUGAGUCCCUGCUUGGUGUCUAGCGGAGUUAAGAAUUUGAUGGUUAUUAUUCCACACUGCAAACAUUAACGUCACACAUAUUCAAGAAAUUGAUCUAACAUCAUACAUGUGCUAGUGUCACACUGUAAGCCACCUCUCGCCUUUCAUCUGGGUUGCUAAGCGAAUGCACAUGGAUGUGUAAUUCUAGCUUUUUACACAAGCUGGUGACAAUAGGCGUUGAUGAUGUAGCUUCUUAUUUUCUGGAGUUUUGCAUAUGGGAGCAGUUCUUGAGUUCGCCAGAAGAGGGCAAUUUUGUCACCAACAAGGGUGCAAGUAAAAGGUACUUGGAGGUUGGAAAGACUUGGGAGAUAGAUGCAGUUAAAAAUCAUCUCUAAAACCCAAACAAAAAAAGUAAAAUGCUCAGAUUGUUUGUUUUUCUUUCCUGCUGCUAUUUAUAAUGUACGAAGGUUGUGGAGAGACAAAGUUUUAGUGAAAUCGGAGUUUCAGCUAAACCAAUGUCUGCUAUUGAUACAGAGUCAUAGAUUUUAAGUUCAGAAGGAACCAUUAUGAUAAUCUGCUCCAACCUCCUGAAUAGCACAUGCUAUAGAAUCUCACCCAGUAAUUUCUGCAUCCAGCCCAUAACUCCUGUUUGAGUUAGAGAAGACGUCCAAUCUUGAUUUAAAGACUGAAGUGAUGGAAAACUCACUAUAUCUCUAGGUCAGAUAGUCCAAUAAAUCACCCUCACUGUUGAAAAUUUGCACCUUUUUUCUAGUCUGAAUUUGUCUAGCUUCAGCUUCCAGCCAUUGGAUAUUGUUAUGCCUUUGUCUGCUAACUUAAAGAGCCAUCCAACAAAUCUCUUCCUAUGUAGGUAUCAUUUUAUUCUACACACACUUCUCUAUCUAACUCAGCCCCUAUCAUUAGAUGUGAGAUUCCUUUGCGGUUACAGCCUGGGAGGCCAGGUGCCAGCCAUGUGUGUAGGAUAAACAUCAAGAUGAAGUUUUAUAUGAAAAAGAACAUUAAAAAAAAAAAACUAAACUGAUUGUAAACUGUCCUUACAAGCAAAGCUCCUUGUGAUGUGUCCAAUGAACCUUGCAAAGACUCCUAUUGUAAAACACUUUGAGAUCGACUGAUAAAAGCACUCUAUAAGA